AUGAAACCGUUGAAGGACAAAUUGAAGUCUGGUAUUCGUACCAAAGAAGGAAGUCGCAGUACUAAAGACAGUAAAGCCAUCCUUGAAGCACAGCACAAUCUAUGUUUCCAACAGAUUGGGAAUGAGAUGAAAGCUGAUUAUGAAGAGCACGAUGCUAUUCUGAUUGCUCGUUGCAUGAUGCAGAUCAAGGCAAAGUUUGAUACUGACAAAGGUCUGAACUUCAUUCAACAGUAUUACAUCAAUCAAGGACUGAAGAAGUUCGGUGACGAUGGAAAAGAUGCUGUGGAUAAGGAAUUGAGACAAAUGCUCCUGAGAGAUUGUUUUACUCCCAAAUUUGUGAAAGACAUGACCGCGUCUGAGCGAAAGAAGGCCCAAUCAGCGAUGAUGUUACUUGCGGAAAAGCAAUUCGAAAAGACAAUUAAAGGUCGCCUAGUAUUCCAAGGCAAUGGAACUCGUGAAUGGUUAUCGCGAGAGGACACUGCAAGUCCAACUGCUUUGCAAGAAGCAAUCACCACUACUUGUGUUUUUGAUGCACACGAAGGUAGAGAUAUAAUGACGCUGGACGUGCCUAAUGCUUUCAUUAAAACUUAUAUGCCUGAAGCUAAGGAAGGAGAAGAUCGUGUCUACAUGAAAAUCACUGGCAUGAUGGUCCAGAGAUUGAUUGACAUGGCCCCAGAGUAUCGCGAAUACGCUGUAUUAGAGAACGGAAAGCGAGUAAUCUAUGUGCGGGUACUACAUGCUAUAUAUGGGAUGUUGCAAUCGAGCCUCUUAUUCUAUAAUCAGUUUCAAAGUGAUUUGGAGGCAAAGGGAUUUGUUUUCAAUCCGUAUGACCUGUGUGUUGCUAACAAAGUUGUUGAUGAAAAACAGCAAACUAUCAGAUUUCAUGUUGACGAUCUUAUGUCGAGUCACAUGGAUCCAAAAGUAAAUGAUGAAUUUGCUAAGUGGUUGACUCUUCUUCAUGAAUCGUUCAAUACGUUUCAAAAGUUCGAUUGGAUCUUCAAGAGUAGUCGUGAAAUUGGCUUCACCUCGAAGCUUGAUAUCCAUCGCCUUCGUCACAAACUUCAACAUGAUGUUUGA